AUGAAAAACCAAAUUUUGACUGAAUUCAUCCUACUGGGUCUAACAGAUAUCCCAGAGCUUCAGAUUAUACUCUUCAUAUUUCUCCUCCUUGCCUACAUCUGCAGCAUAUUAGGAAACCCAAUAAUCAUCAUUCUCACAUUACUGCAUUCCCAUCUCCAGACCCCCAUGUAUUUCUUACUCCAGAAUUUCUCUUUCUUAGAAAUUUUGUUUACAUCCACUUUUACUCCCAGGCUGCUAUUCAGCAUCUCAGCUGAAAAGAAGACAAUCAGUUACAGUGAGUGCUUCACUCAGUAUUUCUUUUCCAGCUUCUUAUGGGUCACAGAGUUUUACCUUUUGAUCACCAUGGCCUAUGACCGCUUUGUAGCAAUCUGCAAACCCCUACAUUACACAACCAUCAUGAGCAACAGGGUCUGCAUCCAGCUGGUUUCCUGUUCCUGGCUGGGUGGGUUCCUAAUCAUCUUAUUCCCAAUCACCCUGACCAGUAAGCUGGAUUUCUGUGCCUCCAAUGUGCUGAAUCAUUAUUUUUCUGACACUGGACCUUUAAUAGAAGUAUCUUGCUCAGACACAAGACUCCUGGAGCUUGUUGACUUUUUCUUAGCAGUUAUGACCUUAGCAGUGACCCUGGUGCUGGUAAUUUUCUCCUACACAAACAACAUCAGGACCAUUCUGAAGAUUCCCUCUGCCCAGCAAAGGAAAAAGGCCUUUUCCACUUGUUCUUCACACAUGAUUGUCAUCUCCCUCUCUUAUGGCAGCUGCAUCUUCAUGUACGUAAAACCUUCAGCCAAAGAAAGAGUUGCCUUCAAUAAGGGAGUAGCUUUGCUCCAAACCUCUGUUGCACCUUUUUUGAACCCCUUCAUUUAUACCCUAAGGAAUAAGCAAGUGAAACAAGCCUUCAAGGAUGUGGCCAGAAAGGUUGUGAAUCUUUAA